CUAUUACGCACUCAUUACGAACAGAGCCUACUGAGAGAGCAAGCUUCUGAGAGAGAGAGAGAGAUGUCGAAAGAAGUCAGUGAAGAAGGGCAGAGCCAUGGGAAGGACUACGUGGAUCCACCACCAGCACCACUCAUCGACACGGCUGAGCUCAAGCUCUGGUCCUUCUACAGAGCUCUUAUAGCUGAGUUCAUAGCUACCCUUCUCUUCCUGUACGUCACUGUUGCUACUGUUAUCGGCCACAAGAAGCAAACCGGACCUUGUGAUGGUGUUGGUCUCUUGGGUAUUGCUUGGGCCUUUGGUGGAAUGAUCUUCGUCCUUGUUUACUGCACCGCUGGUAUUUCUGGUGGUCACAUUAACCCGGCAGUGACAUUCGGUCUGUUUUUGGCUCGUAAGGUGUCUCUGAUUAGGGCUGUGGCUUACAUGGUGGUUCAGUGCUUAGGUGCUAUAUGUGGUGUUGGCUUGGUCAAGGCGUUCAUGAAGCACGAGUACAACUCUCUUGGUGGUGGUGCAAACUCUGUUGCUCCUGGGUACAGCAAAGGCACUGCUUUGGGUGCUGAGAUCAUUGGCACCUUUGUGCUUGUCUACACCGUUUUCUCUGCCACUGACCCCAAGAGAAGUGCUCGUGACUCUCACGUACCUGUGUUGGCUCCACUGCCUAUUGGGUUUGCGGUGUUCAUGGUUCACCUUGCCACCAUCCCCAUCACUGGAACUGGUAUUAACCCAGCUAGGAGCUUCGGUGCUGCUGUUAUCUACAACAAUGACAAAUCCUGGGACGACCAUUGGAUCUUCUGGGUCGGACCAUUUGUGGGAGCACUAGCGGCAGCAGCAUACCACCAAUACAUAUUGAGAGCGGCAGCUAUCAAGGCCCUUGGAUCCUUCAGGAGCAACCCAACCAACUAAAGAAAGAGAGAAGAAGAAACAGAACCUCACCCUGAAAAUCAUAGAAAAAAAAAACAGAUGAUUCCCAAAUUCUCCCCUCCCGUUCUAUUGUUCGUUUGUGUGUAUGUGAAGAUUACUAGUGUCAUUAUUAUGAUGAUCAUGACCUUUCUUUUUCUUUUUUCUUUUUUGGUUUUAAUUUGAUAGUUUGUUUGUUACUUUGAGGGUUGUGUUGUGUCGUUGUUAAUUAUUCUCUAGUAGUAGUGGUGAUGUUUUUAUUCGGUUAAAUAUAAUUUUUCGCCCCUCAA